AUGUCAGAGGAAAUUCGUGUAAAAGUAAAGAAAGUUUAUUCACGAAACUCGUUUUUCAUAAAAAUAUUGCAUGACUGGUUAAAAACAGCAGAAAGUGCAGAGACACGUCGUAUUAUGAAAGUAGCUCUAACUAAUAUUACUAAAUAUCCAUUUCAUUUGAAGGAUUAUGGGGAGCUAAAACAAGUUUCAGGUAUAGGAAAUGUUCUUGCAACACGAUUAGAUAAAGCAUAUCGUGAUAUACAAACUAUAUUAGGUGAAGAGCCUAGUAUUAAAUUUAUACAAGAAUUAAAAAGCGGAGAAAUAUUGGAAUUGUUAAAUUCAACUAAAAAGAUUGGUACAUCAGACAAAAAUACUAUGAAAAGUGGUUUAUCUAUUAAAAAGACCUCAUCCAAAACAAGUAAAACUACUUUACCGCAACAUUUUGAUAACUUUAAUAUUUGUUCACAAAAUGAUGAAAGUAAUUUAUAUAAUAACAUGAAAAUUACAUCUGAAAUUUGUGAGUCAAAAAAAAUUACCGCGAUUAAUGAUGAUGUUUGUAUGAAUUUAAAUUCUCAAAUAAUAAAUAGUGAAGAAAACGAUUUAAUUAAUGAAAAUAAUCUUGAAACUUCUAUUUGUUUUGCCGAUCCAACAACAGAAGGUGGUCAAGUUAUAUUAGUGUGUGAUAUUAGGGAACAACAUGGAAUGAAUAAGCAUAAAACAGUUGUAGAUCAUUUAAUUAAAGAUAAUGUACAAAUUGAAUUAAUGCCAUUGUCAGUGGGAGAUUUUAUAUGGAUUUGGAGAACACCUACAAAAGAAAUAGUUUUAGAUUAUGUUAUUGAAAGAAAGACAUGGGAUGAUUUAAAGCAUAGUAUUAGAUCAAAACGUUUAGAAGAUCAAAAAGGAAGGUUAAAACAAAGUGGUAUUAAAAACAUUGUUUUGUUAGUUGAAGGAAAAGAUACACCUGAUUUUAGUCUCGAACAAAGUUUAUGCAGUUUUAAUGUCAUUCAUAAAUUUUUUAUCCAAAGAACUGAAUCUGCUGCUGAUACAGCAACUUUUUUAAAAGUUACAACUGAACGUUUCAAAGCGAGAUCAAAAAAUGAGAUAUUUUCUGGGCCAGAUUUUAAAAGAUAUCAAGAUAAGAACAAAAAAAGUGUGUCAGAAUCAGUUCGUCAGGUUUUUGCAAAACAAUUAACAGUAUGCCCACAAAUGUCAAUUGAAAAAGCUUUAAUAAUAACACAGAAAUUUCCAAAUAUGAAAUCUUUAUGGGAUUUAUAUAUAAACAAUAAUAAAAAAAGUGUAACAGAACGUGUUGAUCCGAAACUCCUCCUUAAUAAAGAGAUAUCACAAAUUCCUCCAUCAUUAUCAGCACAGGUUUCUUUAUUCUUUAAUUAUUCUACAUAUACAAAUUAA